AUGGCGACAUCCUUGAAAGCGCGCAAAGGGCUAGUAACGCGGCAGUUUAAUGCACUAGCCGACCUCGUGAAAAAAUAUUCGCGACUAGCAGAAGAAGUGGUCUUCCCAGGAGCAACUGACAUGACGAAGUUAAUCAAUGAAAUGAAUGCGGCGCAAGUACAUGUUCGAGCGCUGCAAGCGUCCCUUGAAAAGGCUACUCUCGCGUUCGCCGAAAUUGUUGACAGUUUGGAAAUACCACUUGGAAGUGAGGAAGAAGGAAAAGAUAUCCAGCGACGAGUACUUGAAAGAAAGGUGACAUUACCGUCAGAAGAGAGCUGGAAUCUAAAAUUACUGAUGGACUCGCUUGACACGGUCAUUCGGCAAGAGCAAGAAAUAGAACGCUACGUGCCGGCAAAGACCGAGCACAAAGCCGAAGCGAAACAGAAACCAGGCGUCACGCAAGACAUGAAGCGGACGCCCUUUUGUUUCUACUGCGAAUCGAAAGAUCACUGGUCGACAUCGUGCACGAAACUGAAACAUCCCAAUGAGAGAAUCGAUUUCCUCAAAACGACGCAUCGAUGUCUUGGAUGUGCAAGGACCACGGCCGUACAAGAAAGUAAUUUGGGACCAAGCCCAACAAUUCUAGCGGUGUCUGAAUCACCUAUGAAGACGAUACGCGAACAGAUCUUCCUGGUGACUGGUCAUGCAGUGAAACCAAAAAUCCUCGUAGGAUGCGACCAACUAUGGGAUUUCAUAAACUUUGAGGCAUCCCACUUCAACCUGCCAUCAGGAUUGACACUCAUACCAACAAAAUUCGGCUAUUCCGUCUCGGGGAGGAAAACUUCCGAAGGCACAACAUCGCCAACGCCAACAGUGGUUAAUAUGCUGCAACUGGAGGAUAAAAAUGACCAAUGGGAACAACAUUGGAACCUCCAAAUAAACGACGUUGGCCCAGACUACACCGGCCCUGGAGAAGGCAAGAAAAGGCACGAGAGGUGCACGACGACCUGCCAGACAACAGAGCUCUGGCGUAGAGAAGGCUCACAUGUAUACUGCAGAAAGACCAAGAAGGAACAAGAGAACAUUCUUCAGCAAUACGAUGACGUCUUCAAAGAGCAAAUUCGGAAAGGGAUUCUCGAGGAAGUGAAUGAAAGUGAGGAUACUUCCACGACGAAGAGACAUUAUCAACAAGUGGUGCCACUUCCAAGGAGAACGGAGAUUAGCAUUCAAAAUGUGCAUUGGCAUGCUAACGCUUUAGCUGUCAUACAUAAGUGGAGAGAACUGAGAUGA